UCAAUAGGUAGAUAGAAACACAGGAAACAUGAAAGAAACAGACAGAUCAACAAUAAGAGAGAAUGAUGGCAACCCCGCUGGUGCUCAUAUCAUCCCGCACACCUGCUAUAAGUUAUCUGUGUACGCCUGAGCUCAUCACAGACCGUCGAUCAAGGCCAUGGAGUUGCCGACUAUAAGCAAUAGCCGCAUGGAGUCCCCGGGAAGGGUGGAGAGACAGGAAAGGGUGGAGAGACAGGAGUCGGGCGUGCAGGGGCUGUGGCGGCGGAGGACUAACCUGGAGAAGGCGCUGGUGGGCGUCUGCUGCGUGGCCCUGGUGGCUUGCGCGGCCCUGGUGGGGGUUAUGACCGCCUCUUCGUCCUCUUCUCCCUCGGCUGCCACACUCGCGGUCCCGGCACCACCACAGGCUGAGGAGCCGAUGCCACAGGCUCAGCCGCUCGUGAUGGUGCAGGAGAGCAAGGCGGAGACCCAACCACUUCCCGCCUCGCCCCAGAAGAUCAAGGAGAAGGAACCUGUCCAGGAUCUCCAUCCGGCCCAGGAGGCGCCGCAACCCGCCAAGUCGUCGCGGCUGCCGGUGGUGCGCGGUACAUCCUCCAGUGGCAAGGAGGUGGAAGUUUGCGACACGCAGGAGUGCACGCUGGCCGCCGCCAGCAUCAUCGAGGCCAUGGACACCUCUGUUGACCCCUGUGACAACUUCUACCAGUUCGCAUGCGGCGGCUGGAUCAACAGCAACCCGGUGCCCGAGGACUCAUCCCGCUGGGCUCAGUUCGACGUGCUGGCCCGCGAGCUGUCCAACGCGUUGGGCACUAUCCUGGAGGAACCCAUCGACGCCCAGGACCCUGCGCCCAUCAACAAGGCCAAAAAAUUCUACCUGGGCUGCAUGGACGAGCCGCAGCUGGAGGCCCGGGGCGUCACUCCGCUCACUGACUUCCUGGACCAGUUCGGCGGCUGGCCCAUGACCAUCAACGCCUGGGACGAGACCGCCUUCGAUUGGCAGGCCACGGUGGCCCAGAGCAGGGUGCAGGCCGGGUCCGACUCCCUGGUGGACGUGUGGGUGUUUGCCGACGAGAAGGACACCUUCUCCACCACCCUUUACAUCGACCAGACGUCCCUAGGUCUUCCUCGCUCCGUGCUCGUCAACCCAGACAACUACCAGGAGCGCAUCGAGGCCUACAAGACCUACAUCGCCGCCACGGCUAACAUUCUGGUCGAGGCACUGGGCCAGGACGGCAGCCAGGUGGCCGCCGACGUGGAGGACGUUUUCGCCUUCGAGACGAGCCUCGCCGAGAUCACCACCCCGAGCGAGGACCGCCGGAACAUCGACCGUAUGUACAACCCCAUGACGGUGACCGAGCUGAACACACUGACGGGCGCUGACUGGCUGCCGGUGCUGGUGCCCAUGUUCGAGGCCAGCGGCGUGGCCGUGGACGGCAACACCCGCGUCAUCGUGCAGGAGCAGGCCUACAUGUACAACGUGACGCAGCUGCUUCAGACCACCAGCCAGCGCACGGUGUCCAAUUACUUGAUGUGGCGCCACGUGAAAAGCCUGGGAGACGAGACGACGCAGGCCAUGCGCGACGCCUCCUUCCAGUACGACAUGGUGGCCAACGGCGUCCUGGCCGAGGAGCCGCGCGCCACGCAGUGCGCGGACUCCACCAACGACUACCUGGGGCUCGCUAUCGGCACCAAGUACGUGGAGACCUACUUCUCACAGCAGGCCAAGGACGAGGUGAACGCGAUGGUGGAAGACCUGCGCGUGUCCUUUGAAGGCCUGUUGGAGGUGAACGAGUGGAUGGACGACGCCACCAAGCCGCUGGCGAUGGAGAAGGCGGAGGCCAUCACCAAGUUCAUCGGCUACCCGGACUGGUACGGCAACACCACCGCCCUCGAGACCUACUACGCUGACCUCGCUGACCUCGAUCAGCUGACACACUUCGCUAACGUCCUGGCCCUCGAGUCGUGGUGGUCCGUCACCGAGCUCAAACGGCUGGGCAAACCGGCGCAGCGUGACCUGUGGGAAAUGCCGCCCACCACUGUCAACGCCUACUACAUGCCCGAGUACAACAGCAUCACCUUCCCUGCCGGCAUCCUGCAGCCGCCCUUCUACCGCGCCAACUCCCUCAUGGCCCUCAACUACGGAGGCAUUGGACAGGUGAUCGGCCACGAGAUUACUCACGGGUUCGACGACCAGGGGCGCCAGAACGACAAGGACGGGAACGCGGUGCCCUGGUGGACCAACGCGACGCUCGAGGCCUUCCAGAUCCGCGCCCAGUGCAUCGUCGACCAGUACGACAGCAUCCGCCUGCCUGAACUGGACGGCCUGCUGCCCAACGCAACCCUCAACGGCGUCAAUACCCAGGGUGAGAACAUCGCGGACAACGGAGGCAUCAGGGAAGCACUUCUGGCCUACAAACUCUACACCGACCGCAACGGGGAGGAGCCAAGACUGCCGGGCCUGACUGAGUACACGCCCGCCCAGCUUCUCUUCCUCAGCAACGCCAACAUUUGGUGCACGUCCAUCACCGACGAGGGGCUCCUCAACCAGGUGCUCACGGACCCACACUCCCCAUCAGAGUACCGCGUGGUUGUCCCAAUGAGCAACAUGAAGGAGUUUUCGGAUAUCUGGGGAUGUCCUGCUGGCUCCGGCAUGAACCCCAAUGACAAGUGUGUGGUGUGGUGAUGAGAGUGGCGGUGAAUGGUGGUGGUUGUGGUGGUUUGAGUGGUAAUUGUGGUGGCAUUGAUGGAUGGGUGUUGUGGUGAUGAUUGGCGAUUGGUGAUGAGACUGGUAAUGAAAGGUUGAGGUGAUGAGUAUGCUGUGACUGCGGUUGUGGUGAUUUGAUUGGUGGUUGUGAUGGGCGGUGGUGGUGGUGGUGAUUUUGGUGUUGUAUGGUGGGUGUGGUGGUGGUGGUGAUGAAAGGUGUGCGUGGUGAUGAUGGGGGACGAGGAUGCUUUGAUUGCUAGAGCUUGUGGUGGUGAUGAUGGUGGUGGUGAUGAAGGAUGGCGUGGGUGGAGGUGACUGGUGAUGAAGAGUGUGAUGGCGGUGAUAAUGAUGGUGCUGUAUGGGUGAUAAAUCCUACGAACAAACUUACUAUAACAUC